AUGCCUCCUGCGAAGAAGCCCCGUGGUGGACCUGUCAACGUUCGACUUGUCGAUUUGCCUGCUAAUCUUGAACACAAAUUUCAAUUCUCCCCAGAUAUAGGUUUCCCCAGAUUCUUGAGUCUACUGACCGAAGUCUCGGCUCAGGUUGCGCAACACAUUGAAGGCGUCGCGCGCCGACCAUCUCAAGAAAAGGGUUUCACCACAUCUGAGGGUCCAUGGUGGUAUCGUAUUGCCAGACCGGAUGGAUCGUACAAGCCUGCAGAUCAGGAGGACGACGGCAACACAGCUAACGCGGCAUGGCGUGUCUUGAAUACAAGCGCUGCUUAUGAUAUCUUGGUCGCUGAAAUGAGCUUGGGAGUUGAUCCUGAAGUUGGAUGGGUUGAGGUUGAGCACACUCAACAGAAAACUCGUGAUGAGCAGGUGCUUCAAGAGGCCAGUCUUGGACUCGCACUGGUCAAAGACACCGUCCGCGCAGGCUAUGACUCAAGAAUCACCAGUGGAGAGUUUCAAGAUGUCGAGGAAAAUCCAGAAGUCACGGUGAAUCGAGAAGUGGUGUUCCAUCACCGUGAUUUGAGUGAUGUGACAGAAGUGCCCGUUCAACCUCUCAGUGGUUACCUUCAUCUGCAACCAAACAGUGCGCCUCAGACACCCUGCCCUCUACCAAAUCCUUUGUUUGACCCUAGCCUUCAAGGACUACUCACCGGCAAUUCUCUUCCUGUUGAGGGAACGAGCUCUAAUUUCAGUGGAGGUGGAAAUACCGCGCACCACGUUAUCGUGACAGCCACAGGUCAAACAAUCGUCUCACCAUUCCCGGAAUCUUCACCGGCUAUCCCAGACUCGGAUCACUUGCUCGGCGCCACAGCUCUUUACGAGUCAAGGGAAACCAAGGUGCAUCUUCCGACAGUUGUCGACAGCUCCCUUAUCCGUGAAGCUGACACUUCCGACAACUUUACAAUGGUCCAAACGGGACCAGCCUUAACCACGUCCCAGGCUGCGCAAGGUCACUACCAGAAUACUCAUUCCCCCUACCCUUACGGGCCUCAUGGGAAUUUUGCCCCCUUCGGCUCAUUCCCCCCGCAAGAGGUUGAGGGCCUUCAUAGCGCCUUGGCUCAGGGUCACAAUCGUCAUCAAGGUCCACCUCAAGGAAUAUUUAGCGGACGACAACAUGGAGGCCAAGGUCGGGUUAGUGUGCCAAAUGGUUCCAUCAACAGAUGGAACCCGGCCCAACGCCGUGGUCAGCGCGAUGGUCAGGACCGAAACAAUGCAACCGGGAAUACAAACCGUGGUAAGGGCUACGCGAAAGCCAACAACAACAACAAUAACCCUCCUCCAUCGCGCGGAGCUGGGACGGGAGGUCGUGGAGGUUACCAGAACUAUAGGGGCCAAAAUGGAUGGUCGCAUGGCCAGUCUCGCAACCAUGCCAUGAGAGGUCCUGAUCAGCCUUCCAUGGAGAGAGCGAAUCCACCAUUUCAAAGACUUUUGCCUCCCGCGGAAUCUGGGCUUGCUUCAAGGCCAAGUGCACAAUAUCCACUAAUGAUCCAACCGCACAUGCAUCCUACGGGUUAUCAGUUUAUGAUGCCUCUCGGCCAACGUCCACCAUCUGCCUAUGGAUACGGCCCUCAGUACCACUAUCCUCCUCCUGACCAGGACUGGGCAUCGAUCCCCGGGGUUAACACUGAUCUAAUGACAGAGUCUGAGAUCAUUUCGCUCAAUCGCCAACGAUUUGGGCACAGCAAUGUUCACACCUCCACUGCCAAUGUCGCUUCUGCCACAGCUCGACCUGCUACAUCAACCCCACUUACUCUCACAGAAGCUGCGGAAUUUGUCCUUGAAGGGAAAACGAGUGUGUUGACGGAACCGGAGAAGAGUAACGGUCCAAUGCAAGUUCGAGGUGCCCAGACUGCUCUGGACGUGACGGUGACAGAUCCAUAUCUCAUUGCGGACGCCAAGAACGGAGCAAACAAAGCGCCAGUCACGAAAUUCCCGGAUAGUCUUUCAUUUGGGACUGCACCGCACGUUAAGCCAAUGAAUUUCAGAAAUCCCGAGAAAAGCCCUGCAUCAGCUGCAGCCGCCUUGAAGCGUAAGGCCACCCGUCGUUCCAAUCAGGAGAAAGCGAAAGUCAAGGCCGAAGAGGAUAGGGCUGCAGAAGAAGAAAUGAGAUCGAAGCAGAGCAGCAGCCGUGCAGCCCGGGCACAGAAACAUGGGAGCAUGAUCUGUGGAGAUGAUACCUGA